AAGACAAGUUAUUAUCAAAUUGUAUCAUGGUAUCAGAGCUAAGGCUCUCAAAAACCUAGCCUCUCUUUUUUUCCGACCGCCGCCCACCAUGGCAGCCCCGUCGGAUCCUUUGGCAUCCUUACCCUCCGGAGUAAAACUUUUGCUUCGGAGUCUCCACAACUUAAUCCCAGAAAAACUCACCGAAACAAAUUAUCCGGCAUGGUCUCUCAAUGUCCAGACAGCUCUUUCAGCUAAUCUCCUCCUUGGAUGGAUUGAUGGUCAUGAAGCAGCCCCGACGCCAACUAUCUCCAAAAACGAUAAAACUGUCCCUAAUCCAGAGUAUACCUCCUGGACCAUCGUUGACACACAGAUCCGCACCUGCCUACUAGCGGUCAUCAGCCCCUCCAUUCACAAACAUGCUCGCGGCUUCACCACAUGUGCUGCCCUCUGGGAUGCUUUGGCCGCACGGUACAACUCCGUGUCCACCGCUCAUGUUUAUCAGCUUCGGGACAAACUCCACACUCUUCGUAAAGGUACCAAAACUAUGACACAAUACCUUGAUGAUGUGGCAACUAUUCUCUCGGAUCUCGAUGCCUUGAAAGAAGAGAUCCCUGAACGUGAUGUGGUGAAUGCUGUUAUUCGUGGUCUUCCCACCGAAUACUCAUCCUUUAAGCAAAACAUUCGCAUGAACAAUACCAAUAUUUCUCCAUGUUAUUCGGAUAGCGGGUUCUCGUAUGUUGGCCGUUUCGUGUGGUCUGGCGUGGUGUUGGCCUCAGGAUCUCGUACUCUGAAGUAGGCCAUUGAGACUCAUCCGGUAGCGGCAUUAUAAUGCCAGAGUAAGCGUUGAUGUAGGACUGAAUUGAAAAAACAUUUGGAAUCAAAUGAUCCACGGUGACAUUACAAAAAUGACAUACUGCGUGGACAUGAUUGCACGGGAGGUGAAAUGUUACCCAUUGACCACAGCUACAUGUUCGUGCAUUUAAGUUCACCGUAAAUGUCUCCCGUUGA